CACCUUACGUGUACAAGUGACUUUUACCCUUCCAUUUCUACUGCAUUUGAUGUCUGGUAGAUCGAUUAAGAGAAAAAGUUAGUGUUUUUACAGAGUGAUACACGAAGGAAGUAGGGUUUUACUGAGAGAAACGAAGGUAAAACCCAAUGGCUGUCGAAUCAGAGGUUCACCACGAGUCAUCUGAAGAAUGCGACUCUGAAGAAUACGAAGAUGAUGAAGAGGUGCUCGAUACUGAGCACAUAGAUGUGGAAAUGGAAGAAGUUGAUUUCAAGACACAAGGUAAAGAGAGAUGCAAGGAUGCUUUCCUUAACUUCAGUUCUGAUUAUGAAGAUAAUGAAGCUGAUGAAGACAAUGACUUAGUUGAUGAAGAUGAAGAAGGGUUUGGUUUAGAAGACGAAAUCGAUGACACUGCACGGGCUAAUGAUCUUGAUUUGGGAGAUGCGGUUGGUGCAGGCUUCCCCAUUCACGACCCAUCAGUUAAGUGGAAUAAGAUGAAGCCCCUUCUUGGUGAAAGGUAUGAAUCACCACAUCCGUUGCAACAAUGUCUCACUAAUUAUGCUAUUAAGUCAGGGUAUAACAUUAAAUUCGCGAAGUGUGACACUGUGAGAUUAACUGCCAAAUGUGGUUCUAAGAUGAAGUCUCAACCCUGCCCAUUCAGAGUUCAUGCUUCCUGGAUGACUCAAGAAAGGUCUUUUCAGAUUAAAACCUUAGUCGAUGAGCACAAAUGUGUUAGAAAUUUCAAUAUUUCAAAUUUACUGAGUCCCAGAUGGCUAGCAAGACACUUUUUGAAGGAGUUGAUAAUGAAACCUAGCUUGAAGUGUAAGGAGAUGCAAUCAAUAAUUAGGACCAAAUUUCAUUGUGGUGUGUCUUGGUGUAAGGCUUACAGAACAAGGUGUAGAGCAAUGACCAUUAUAGAUGGUAAACUCAUAGAACAUUAUGCUAGGGUGUGGGUCUAUUGUCAUGAGUUACUAAGGUCAAAUCCUGGUAGCACUGUCCAAGUUGGUGUCACUGUAAAUCCAGAUCAAACAACAUACUUUCACAGGAUGUAUUUGUGUUUUAAAGCAAUCAAGGAAGGUUGGAAAAUAGGGUGUCGUAGGGUAAUUGGUCUAGAUGGAUCUUUCUUGAAAGGGACAUGUAAAGGAGAAUUACUCACAACAAUAGGGAAGGAUGCAAACAACCAAGUUUAUCCAAUUUCUUGGGCAGUUGUUGACAUUGAAAACAAAGCUAAUCAGAAAUGGUUUCUGGAACUGCUCAUAGAGAAUCUUAAUCUGCUAGAUGGAGGAGGGUUUACUGUAAUUUUUGAUCAACAUAAGGGAUUGCUUGAAGCAACCAAGGAAGUCCUACCAAAUGUGGAGCAUAGACAGUGUGCAAGACACAUAUAUGCUAACUUUAGGAAGACCUAUUCUGGAGUGGAGUUCAAGAAUAUGUUCUGGACAGCUUCCUUAUCAACUGUAGAGAGUGAAUUUCUGAGGAAAAUGGAUGAUAUAAAAGAGGCUAAUCCAAAUGCUUAUGAACAUUUGAUUGCAAGACAUCCUCACACAUGGUGCAGGGCAUUUUUUAGGCCUGAUGUAGCAUGUGAGGCAGUUGAAAAUGGCAUAGCAUAG